AUGAGAGAUGGAGAGGAUAGAGGAGAAGGUGGACAGCAGAGGAGGAGAUAAGGAAGGGGAUAUGGAGGUGGUGAGAGACGGUGAUGAGAGAGGUGGAGAGAGGAGGAUGGUUCAUGAUGAGGCAGAUGAAGAUGAAGAUGGAGAGGAGGCAGCAGAUGAAGAGAUGGAGUUUGAGAAGACUGAGGAGCAAGGGAAGGAAGAGGAGGACGAAUAUUAUGAGGAGGAGGAGGAGGCUGAAGGGGAGGAAGAGGAGGGAGUGGAGGGAGAGGAGGGAGAGGAGGGAGAGGAGGGGGGUGAGGGAGAGGAGGGAGAGGAGGGGGAGGAGGAAGAGCAGGGAGAGGAGGGAGAGGAGGAAGAGGAGGAAGAGGAAGAAGAGGAGGAUGUGGAGGAGGAGGGGGAAGAGGAGGAAGAGGAGGAAGAGGAGGAAGUAGUGGAGGAAGAGGACGAGGAGGAGGAAGAGAAGGAAGAGGAAGUAGUAGUGGAGGAAGAAGACGAGGAGGAAAGGGAGGAAGAGGAGGAAGAGGAGGAAGAGGAGGAAGAGGAGGAAGAGGAGGAAGAGGAGGAAGAGGAGGAAGAGGAGGAAGAGGAAGGAAACGAGGAAGAGGAGGAAGGGGAUGAAGUAGAGGAGGAAGAAGAGGACGAGGGGGCAGACGAGGUGAAGGAGGAGGAAGUGGAGGAAGAGGAGGUGGAAGAGGAGGAAGAAGAGGUGGAGGGGGAUGUGGAAGAGGAAGAGGAAGAAGAGGAGGUUAAAGAGGAGCAAAAAACGGUGAUGAGAAACAAAGGGAGCAUUACGACAGAGAUUGUGGCGAAGGGUGAGAAGGAAGGGGGCACAGAGAAGGAGACAUGGAGGCAGCAGCGGAUUGCAGAGGAGGUUGAGAGGCUGAGGGCGAGGCUGAGGGAGAGAGAGAGGGAACUGGCAGUGGAGCGAGAGAGGCUGAGGCAGAAGGAGCUGGAGCUGGAAAGGGAGAGAGGGGGAGGAAAGGAGGUGGCUGUCAUGCCCUAGAAGAAAGAGAGCCGUGGCAG